GCGUCAUCACUCUCGCCUGCAAAUUCAUGAGUUCGCAUAUUGUCUCCUCUCCCUCUCGGAGAUCGUCCUGUGAAUAUGUUGAGGAAGUGCAGCCACUGAGUCGCAGCUUCGGAGCCUGGUUUAUGAAGCAAAAUAAACCAGAUGUCUGUUCUCGUCUCUUCGGGCUGUUUGUGUUCGUGUCGACCUGAACAACAUCACCGUGCGAAGACUGUUGUUGUUGUUGUUGCUAACGUUCCUCCUCCUCAGCUGCAGCCAACAUGGCUGAGGAUGACUGUGAAUGGGUUGUGGAGAGCAUCGUUGGCUACCUGGGAAGUCCCGAGUGGAUCAUUCCAGUCACGGAUUUUAUGGAAAACAAAUGCACAGUUUUUGAUGAUGAAGAUGAAAAUAAGCUGUCCUACACAGAGAUUCACCAUCAGUAUAAGAAACUGGUGGAGAAGCUGUUAGAGAAUUAUAUGCAGGAGGUUGGGAUCAAUGACCAGCAGUUCCUGGAUGCGUGUACAUCUCCUUUUGCCAAGUCCAGAACUCUGCAGUCGGUGUUUCAACCAGUCCUGGCCACAGAUGACUUCCAGCUGUUUCGCUCACUGAUGGUUCAGAAGAACAUUGAGCUGCAGCUUCAAGCCCUCCGGGUCAUCAAAGAAAGAAACGGGGAGCUCCCAGAGUGUCUGACUGAUGGUGUAGAUGUGAUGACGGAGUUAGAGCAGCAAGAGCUGAAGAUCCUGCAAGAGGUUCUCAAAAAAUCAAAAGAGGAAUAUGAUGAACAAAUGAGCAGGAGGCUGCUGUUAGAGGAGGAGCUCGGUUCUACCUCCAGCUGCUGCCCAGAUAAGCCAAUGGCCGAGGGCAUUGAAUCCACGAAUGCCAUUUGUGCUUCGAGCCAGCAAAGCAACACUGCCAAGGCCAAAGCUGAGGAGAGUGGUGAAAACAGCAGCAUCAGUAAUGGUCACCACACACCACUAUUGAAUGGAAACACUGCCACUGAAUAUAAUCUGGUAAACGUUAACCCUGUCAGAAAAGAGGAGAGGAAGACUGCUGUCCCUGCAGGUGGACAAGAGAACGGUGCAGCUAAAAGCCAGGCUGCAUCUAAAUUCAACCCAGAUUUUGGCAGUAGCAGUGUGGAGUCCAGAGUUCUUCCGGCAGUGAGAGCUCCAGUAAAGUGCGGCGAGACCUCUGUCAGUGCCAGUCUACACACCAAGGAGCACGGCAGCAGCAGCCAGACUGCAGUAGAGUCGUGGCUCGAGGAGGCACACAGAGAGGCCGGCUUCUCUAAACCGUUUACUGAGUUGACAGCGUCUCAGCAGGAGCAGCUCCAGCAGAGGGCAGUGUACCUGCGGCAGCAGCGAGACAAGCUGCACGCACUGAAGAAAGAACAGCAGAAAACCAAGCAGACCGCCUCCUCAGAUGAGGCUCCCUCCAGCCCCACACCAGCGCCUGCCACCACCCCGGAGGCAGUGGGACAGUCCCAGAGGAAUGGGACCUGUCCCCCUCCUCAUCCUCUUCCUCCAGCACAAAACUCUACUAACCCCUCCAAACAGAAGGAGAUAUCUGCUGAGGAGAGAAAGAAGCUCCAGAAGAGAAAACAUCUGGCUGACAAACUGAAAGAGGAAGUGAUCAAGAAAUAACCCCCCCCCCUCCAACUGCUAGUAUUCUUGUUCACCUUUGCUCCUGGAAUCAAACACAUGACUUCCUUUGCCACCAGGCAGAUAAUUCACUAUAUAUAAACACAUUUCAGGGUGUUGUUUUUGUAUGUGUGUCCCAGAUGAUAUAUAAAAGGUAUGAGAAUUUCUUUUCAUGGCCAUCUACCUUGUUUUUACUGAAUGUACCAGAAUGUGUCAGUCUCCACUCUUUACCUGUAACCAGGGUAUUCUCAGACCUGUUUGAUCAAAAACAUGAGGCCAACUGAAAUGCAUGGAGACCAGUCAGACAAUAUGCUGCUAAUGUAACUAGGCUGAAGCACAGCACCCGUUAUGGCUUUGAUUUGACUUUUACUUUCAUUCCUCUGCCACCAAGUGGGCAAUAUUUACUCUUGACACUUUGGACUGUCCAAGAUUAAUGAGUGAUAUGUCCUCAUCCAAUAAACCCUGUAGUAAAUCAGCUAACGAUGAGAGUCUCAUGUUAAGGUGAACACAGCGAACACUGUAGCAGCUCAUUGUAGCCGGUGAGCGAUGUGGACGUGAUCGCGACGAAGUCACCGCGAAAAUGUUCACAAACAUGCGGCCAAGAGAAGAGCAUGUCGCUUUCUUCUAGGAAUACCAUAAUCUGCAGUCUUCACUUUAAGCAGUCAUGAUGCAGUUUCUAUGUAAUAUUGUUAUCGAGUAUGCCGUUUAAUAAAUCACAUUUUAUAGAAACUA